UUCUUAAUCCUUAAUUUUCCCUUCCCAAUUUACAAUCGCAGACGCAGUUACAGAGAGACGAGAGAGUAGGCGACGACGCCCGACCCCCGACCCCCGACCCCCUUCGGAAUUCCUCGACGACGCAGCGACGUCGGCCAUAGGCGGCACUCCUGUUCCAGUAGUCCAGUCUUCAGACUCCAUUACAGAGCUCCAAGUCGUAGGCCAGCAAUAGCAUAGCCAUUGCCCAUUAGCCAGCCAGAACUUAAAGAUGUUUCUGAAGUAUGCUGAAAAAGAAGUGAAAUCUGUGUUGUGGGAAGAAACUGUGAUGCUUUGUCUACACAAUGAAGCCACUGGCUCUAACAAUCUUCUUUGCAUUCUAUCUCUCUAUGCAAUCUGUUUACUCAAUUCAAAUCAUCUCUAAAUCAAAGCUCCAAAAAUGCGAGAAAGCCUCUGAUUCUAACCAACAACUCAAUUGCACUAACAAGAUUGUCAUCGACUUAGCCGUUCCAAGUGAAUCCAGCGGAAAUGAGGCUUCAAUGGUGGCAGAGAUAGUAGAAGUGGAAGAGGAUGCGACGAACAUGCGAACCCUUCGGUCUCCGCCAGUGAUUACUGUCCAAAAAUCAGCUGCCUAUGCUUUGUAUGAAUUGACAUACAUAAGAGACGUUGCUUACAAACCAGAAGAGUUGUAUGUUAAGACAAGAAAGUGUAAGCGUAAUGCCGGUUCAGAUGUUGUCCGGAUAUGUGAAAGGUUGAAAGACGAGAAUGGGAAUGUUAUUGACCACACUCAGCCUAUCUGUUGCCCUUGUGGUGGCCAGCGUAGGAUUCCUUCUUCAUGUGGAAACUUUUUUGACAAGAUGACAAAAGGGAAGGCAAACACUGCUCAUUGUCUUCGGUUUCCAGGUGAUUGGUUCCAUGUGUUUGGCAUUGGGCAUCGCUCAGUUGGAUUUAGUAUUAGAAUUGAAGUCAAGACGAGAUCCCAAGUAUCAGAAGUGACUGUGGGUCCUGGUAAUAGGACUGCUGCAUCCAAUGAUAAUUUUUUACGAGUAAAUCUUGUUGGAGACUAUGUUGGGUAUACAGAUAUUCCAUCUUUUGAGGAUUACUACCUUGUUAUCCCUAGACAGGGUGGUGCAGGUCAACCACAAAAUCUAGGCAGCAAUUUCUCCACGUGGAUGCUGCUUGAACGAGUUAGGUUUACGCUAGAUGGUCUUGAGUGUAACAAAAUUGGUGUUGGUUAUGAUGCCUUCAAUUCACAGCCUGAUUUUUGCUCAGCACCAUUUUGGAGUUGCCUGCAUAAUCAACUAUGGAACUUUUGGGAUGCAGAUCAGAACCGAAUCGCCAGAAACCAGGUACCACUGUAUUGUGUGCAAGGAAGGUUUGAGAGGAUCAACCAACAUCCAAAUGCUGGAAUUCAUGCAUUUUCCAUAGGAAUCACUGAAGUUCUGAAUACCAAUCUCUUAAUAGAACUGAGUGCAGAUGAUAUAGAGUAUGUCUAUCAAAGGAGCCCGGGAAAAAUUGUGGACAUUAUUGUUCCGACUUUUGAAGCACUUACUCAAUUAGGGACGGCAAAAAUCACAACUAAAAAUAUUGGUGAAGUAGAAGCGUCCUACAGCCUGACGUUUGAUUGCUCAGGUGGUGUCAGCCUAAUGGAGGAACAAUUUUACAUAAUGAAGCCAAAUGAACUUGUUACUCGAGCAUUCAAGUUGAACCCAUCAAGUGAUCAAGCUGCAAAUUAUUUCUGUUCUGCUAUACUUAAAGACUCUGAUUUUGGUGAAGUUGAUCGAGCAGAGUGUCAAUUCACAACAACUGCUACUGUUUUUGAUAACGGAUCACAGAUACCAUUCCAACCCCCCAAGACAAGCAUACAUGGUUUCUUUGAAACAAUCGAAGAAUUGUGGAACAAGUUGUGGGAAGGUUUGGUGGAUUUUCUCACAGGAGAAAGCUGCAGAAGGAACUGCUCUGGGAUUUUUGAUGUGGGCUGUCAUGUGCAGUACAUUUGUAUGAAUUGGAUAGUUUUGGUUGCUCUAUUCGCAGCAAUCUUUCCAACUUUGGUUGUGCUUGUUUGGCUUCUGCAUCAGAAAGGGAUAUUUGAUCCUAUAUAUGACUGGUGGGAAGAUCACUUUUCAGUCCCUAAAGGGAGCAGGAGUUCAUUGAUGCACCAUUCCAAUCCUCAUCAGCUAAAACUUCACUUAAAGAGACACCACCAUAAGCACCAUGAAACAAGACAUCAUCAUCAUCAUCAUCAUAAGCACCAAAGGAGAACAUCUACUCACCAUCCAUCUGGCGAAGCUGAUUACCGCUAUUACCUUCAUCACGUUCACAAAGGCAGCCGCCACCGCAGAGCCAAAGGUGGUUCAUCAGGGAUCAAGAAGCAAGUUCACCCAAGACAACACCACAACAAAGGUGCUGUUGCUAGCUCAUCAUACACAUUCAUCUCUCAGGUAUGAUGAGAGGAGGAAAAAUUUGGAUGAAUUCUUAGGAAAAUUUAUAGAGAAAUUAAUAUUCAUAGUUUAUAGUUUAUGUACAUAUGAUCUAACGUUUGUGUGAUUAUUUGGAGUUGUUAAGUUUAUAAAUAAUCACAUCUAAUGUUUAGAUGAUAGAUAAGUUAUUAAUUGUGAGGUAAUUACUUUAUCA